GCGGGUGUUUCCUGAACCAAAACAACCAGCCGGGAAAACAGGUUCCAACGCUGCCCAUGUUGUUGCAAUCCUGCGGUCGAGCAGAACGUUUUACUCUGGUUAUUUUUCUUUUUGGCGAUGGAUUAAGACGAGACCCAACUCAUUGGGAAAGACAACUCUAUCUUAAAUUUGAAAGCGAUCACACAUACGGCGUUCAAAUUCAUCCAGUUGCUUUGGGGAUCUGGAGCUGGAAACAUGAAAGACGUGACCGACAAAAGCUUCAACGCUGUUACCUCGAGCGACGAGAAGUCCGAUUUAGAUAUACUAUGGCCACAAGAGAAGAUGUUCCACGAAGCUGCCAAGAAGGGUGAUGUAAGCACUUUGAUGACAUGCUUAAAUCAAAAUGUCCAGAUUAACACUAAAACUGAGAUGGAUCGCACAGCCCUGCAUUUCGCUGUUGCUAACAUGAAAGAAAAUGCAGUUGCCUUUCUUCUGACUCACAACGCCAGGGUGGAUAUUAAAGACAAGCACGGGAUGGACGCCUUUCUCCUCGCUGCCUGGUUCGGACACUUGACCAUUUUGAAAAUGUUGGUAGAAAAAGGUGUGGAUCGAAAAUCGACAAACGAGGAAGGAUUGAACGCACUGCAUUGUGCUGCCCAGAACAAUCAGAUUUCAAUUGUACAAUGCAUAGUAAAAGAUCUACAGUUGGAUUUAAACAAACCCACAGAGAAAGGCAAAAUGCCGUAUCACUUUGCAGCUGAGAGCGGGCAUCUUGAGAUGGUUGAGACACUGAAGGAGUAUGAGUACAGCACACAGGAAAAAGACAAGGAAGGUAAUACAGCGUUGCAUCUUGCCGCAAAGAAUGGCCACGUGACUGUGUUAAAGGCGUUGCUGAACGAAUGGGAUCUAAUAGAUGAGGAGAAUGAGGAGGGCGUGACUGCAUUCUACUUUGCUGCUGUGGAAAGCCACCACGAAUGUGUGACACUGUUGCUGGAAGCAGGAUGUGACAAGAACAUUUUACCAAAGAACAACAUGAGUCUCUUGCACAUUGCAGCAGAGAGAGAUGACUGUGCCUUGGCCUCGAUGCUUAUUGAUGCUGAAGCUGAUUGCAAUUGUCAAAAUAAUAGAAAAGAAUCACCCCUUCACUUUGCUGUUAAGUACAGGCAUAUGGCAGUUGCACAGCUCUUUGUGGAAUCAAUGUGUGAUGUUAACAUUUUAGAUGAGAGAAACCAGAAUCCAUUGCACCUGGCAGCAGAGCUGGGAAGAGCCGAUCUGGUGGAACUUCUCCUGAAAGCAAACACUGACCUGAAACAGAUGGACAAGCAAGGCAAGACUCCACUGGAAGUGGCAUCAAGAGUCAAUCACAUCAUUAUUGUGGACAUGCUCAUCAAAGCAGAAAGAUAUUAUGCAUGGAAGGAGGUCAUCGAAGGUCGACUUCCAAACCCAACAAGCAGUUACCCAUUGACAUUCAAGCAGGACCAUACCACCCAGACAAGCCAACUCCGCACCACCCUCUGGAGUAUGGCCCACCACGACCUCAAGCCAAAGGAAUGGAAGAGGCUUGCCAUGCAGUGGCAUUUCACCGAGGGUCAAAUAAAGGCAAUAGAGGAACAAUGGAUAGGAGCAAAGAGCUAUCAGGAACAUGGUCACCGGACACUACUGAUAUGGCUGCAUGGAGUCCUACUAACUGGCACAAAUCCAGUCAAGGCCUUGUACGAGGGGCUAAUUAAUAUUGAACAGAAGAAUUUAGCUGAAAGGAUCAGAAAAGAAAUUAAUGGCGUACCGUCUUCACAGAAGUGUACAGUUUCUUAAAGGUCGCUCCAUUUUAAGGAAAGCAUAUCAAGACAUACUGCUGCCUACAAGAACUGGAAGUGAAAGUAAAGCUGUGUUGCCAGUGCAUUACUGAGGGACAUCUCAGACUACAGUAAAGCACCUGCUGACUGUUACAAAGGAAACCAUCAAAUCCAAGCCUGUGAACACGUUAUAACUUUGUACACGAGGAAUCUCUUCAAAAGGUCUUUCUAUAAAUUGUGCCUACUGGUACUGCCUCCGUGACACAGAAAAGAGUGAAAAUGAAUAGAUGAAGUAGAAUACCAGCGAUAACGCUUGCUGUUGGUAGGGCAGUGGUAUCACCCAGCUAUUUGAUCUAUGAGAUACACAGGUAGUUCUGCUAUAAUGCAAGAGUUGUAUUCCCAAGAAAGGUAUUAUAGAAAAUUGUUAUAAAAACAAUUAUCAAUACUGGAGGGGAGGGGGGGGGGGGGGGG